AUGUGGGUUUACUGCGAGAAGUGCCGUCGUGCUUGUCCCCGCGAAUGCAUGAACAGCCACCAGCACCAGUUUCUGUGCCACUUUCGAGGCUGUCCGCAGAACCGCCGGCGGUAUGCUGUCAUUCCCGUGGCUGUCCAGGUUGACGAGAACGGGGAGCCGCCGGCCGGGUUUUAUGCGCCGGGCAAUUAUCCGGCACCGGAGGGUCCCAGACCAGGAUCGGGCCCUCGUCCGACUCCUCACAACCACAACGGCUCUCGCAACCGUAACGGUCCUCGAAACUUCAACGGUUCCCGUGAAAACAUCCCCCGUCCGCACUCGUCCUCUCGCUCGUCCGCACCGCCACCCCUACCGCGUAGCCCGAUCUCGCGGGCUCGCCCAACCCCUUGGCGCCCCCCACACGGGUACGCAGAGACGAUUGUGUCUCAGGAGAACGUUGCCGGUGAAAGCCGUCCCCUCUCUCCCCGUCUGUCUGAUCCGUCUGAUCCGUUUGAUCCGUCUGGCAACCAGGGAAACCCCUGCCGCGACAUUAUACGGGCCCGCGACAUCGUCCGGGCAUCCGGGCCAGACGACGACGACGACGAUGAUGAUGAUGGCAGCGAGACCGAAGAGGAGCUCUAUGUCCAGGACAAGAACGGUAAGUGGGUGCUCGAGAACGACCGCCCGCGCGAGUGUGGGCGUGCAGGCAGACAUGAAUGCGGACAGACAUUUGAGAUGCCCAUCCGCGGCGGUGUUCAUCACGAGGUCCCGCCGCCGGCCCCGUCGCCACCGCUCGAUAAUCCUUGGGAGGGGCAUCGUUCUCGGGGAAAUCCCCGGUAUCCUCCCAACAGCAGCCGCAACGCCACCGUCGAUUUUGAGAGCCGCCCGGCAGCACCUCGUCCACGAGAGCGCCGUCCCAGCGAGCCCCGCGAGGAGAGUCGUCGCAGUGAAGAUCGUCGUGGGCCGCAUAUCGAGCGACAAAGCGAAGGCCGUCGUCGGCGCAGCGUCAGCCGUCCUCCAAGUGAGUACAAUCCCCCCGGCACUCCCCGUGACGAUGUCGAGAGCGGCUACAGCCAUGUUGACAGCGGCUUCCGCCAUGUCGACAGCGGCUUCCAGCAGCAUCGCCGCUCGAGCCGUUCGGACUCCCAGCCUCCACCGCCGCCGGCGCCAUCGCCUCCGCCCACGUACACGACCCCUUGCCACCCACACAGCCACUCGUCGUAUGGCCGUGGCUAUGGCACGUAUCGACGCUGA